AAGUACUUGAAAGAGAGAGAGAGUGUGUGUGUGUGUGUGUACGUGCACGCACGUCCGACCACCGAUCCACGUGGUACCGGGACACACAACAUAUAGAGACUACUCUUAUACUGUGGAUACAUUUCUCAAGUACACUGAACACCUCGACGAUCAAGCGAAGGACAUGAGGCGGACCGUGGACCUGUUGGUCUGGACGCUGUUGGUCCCUCCGCUCCUAUUCGCAACAGAUCCCUUGCAGCAGGCUACUGGAGCAACGGUAGAAUGCCCACAGAAAUGCGUCUGCUACAACAACACAAUGCAGGUGCGAUGUAUGUUCCUAAAGCUGAUCCAAGUGCCACGGGUGCCCCCUAAUGUCACCGUCCUAGAUCUCCGAUUUAACAGCAUCGCGGAAGUGCGCGCGGGAUCAUUUCACGGACACAAGCAAUUGCAUACCUUGCUACUGAACGACAACCACAUUCGACGGCUGCCGGUAGGCGCGUUCGAGGGCGCACCGAAUCUACGGAUACUUUACUUGUACAAAAAUCGCAUCGAGCACAUCGCGCCGGGCGCGUUCGCGGGGUUGCCACGGCUCGAACAGUUGUACCUGCACCACAACCAUCUGCGGGAGAUCCGACCGGGCACGUUCAACAAUCUGCCGGUGCUCGAGCGUCUAUUUCUGCACAGCAACAAGCUCCAUCGGUUGCCGGCGAAUGCGUUCGUCAACGUUGGUCCGAUGACGCGGCUGCGUCUCGACAGCAACGCGCUCAUCUGCGAUUGUAAUCUGGUCUGGCUGGUGGAACGCCUUCAGGACAAGCCUACGGAGAUGGCGGCAAUUUGCCAAUCUCCACACGAGAUGAAGGGUCGUUCCCUAACUACAAUGUUGCCCGAGGACUUUCAUUGCACAAAACCACGUAUCGUAGAAGGUCCGGAAGACACCGUGGUGCGAUUUGGUGACACGAUAACGUUGACGUGUCGAGUAACAGGUGAUCCGACACCAAAGAUCAAAUGGAUGAAGAAUACAAGAUAUUCGUGGGAGGCGGAUGACGAUGAGGAAAAGUACGUAAUUCGUGAGGACGGCGAAAAGUAUGUGAUUCGCGAGGACGGCACCUUGGUGAUCUCUGGCACGACCGAGCAAGACGGUGGGAUGUACGAGUGCGUAGCUAGCAGCGAUAUGGGUUCGGCCAAAUCCAGAAAGGCCAGAGCAGUGAUUACAGCGGCGUCUCAGUUGAUACUCGCUGAAAGACCAGAAUCCCAAAAUGUUACCGCCGGUACCAACGUGACCUUCUCUUGUCGAGCACUGGAUAAUCCUAGACCCGAUACUCGCUGGUUCAAAGACGGCCGAUCGAUCCCCUUUAACGACAGAAUCUCGCUCGCGAACGACGGCACGUUGUUACACAUCCUCGCGGUUAAGGAAACCGAUGCGGGCAAAUACGAGUGUUAUCUUAGGAGCACCGAUCACACGGUUCAUCUCUUCGCAGAUUUGAACGUUGUAGAUUUGACGGCGCCUCGAUUGCUAUUCAGACCACAAGACAUCGAGGUGGAACCGAAUGCCAUUGUCGAGGUACCCUGCCGGGCUGAGGGUAUCCCGAAGCCAGUGAUACAAUGGAAGAAGGACGGUAGCGCGCUCGAGGGUAACAGGGUCAAGAUCACACGCGGAGGAAGUCUUCUUAUUUUUAACGUGACUCCGCAAGACUCCGGCAGGUACGAGUGUUCAGCUGUAAACGAUUAUGGCCGCGCAACCGGCGAUGCUUUGGUGCGCGUUCGGCAGCCCGGUGCAACAACGGAUACACUCGUCAUACGAGCCUUCCAAAGUGCCACCGAGGAGAUCGAUCGUGCCAUUAAUAAAACGCUAUCGUCUCUCUUUAAUUCCGACGGCUCAUCGAAACACGUUGAUCCGUUCCGUUUAACACGGUUUCCGAACGCGAUCGAUCGCGCGGCCGCUAGACCCGCCGAGCUCUUCGAAAGAACUCUCAUCAAUAUUCGACGUAUGGUGGAUACCGGCAAUAAAGCAAACGUGACUGGUGAAUUCCGCUACGAGGAAAUCUUGACAGCUGAACAGGUGAAGGAAAUCGAACGAUUGUCCGGGUGCACCGGUCAUAGACGUCGGCAGAAUUGCACCAAUAGGUGCUUCCAUCGCAAAUACCGGGCUAUAGACGGCAGUUGCAAUAAUCUGCGUCAUCCUACUUGGGGUUCGUCGCAUACAGGAUUCCGGAGGGUACUGCAACCCAUCUACGAGAAUGGAUUCUCGAUGCCGGUCGGUUGGGAGAAGGGACGACGAUACUACGGUUAUCCGAAGCCCGCUGCACGUCUCGUGUCGACCACGCUAAUCUCUACCCAUACAAUUACGUCGGACGAUCAGAUUAGCCACAUGGUGAUGCAGUGGGGUCAGUUCCUGGACCAUGAUCUCGAUCACGCGUUACCGUCGGUAUCGAGCGAAUCGUGGGAUGGAAUAGACUGCAAGAAAUCCUGCGACAACGCCGCACCUUGCUUCCCGAUGGAAGUGCCGCCAGGUGAUCCGCGCAUCAGCAAUAGACGGUGCAUCGACUUUAUCAGAACUAGCGCCGUCUGCGGUUCUGGCGCGACCAGUAUACUGUGGGGCGGCUUGAUGCCGCGGGAACAGCUGAAUCAAUUAACCAGCUAUUUGGACGCGCCUCUCCUUCCAUACGCCUCUGGUCAGUUUGUCGACUGUCGCAGGAAUCCACUGGAGAGUUCGAUCAAUUGCUUCGUAGCCGGUGACAUUCGUGCCAACGAGCAAGUCGGCCUGCUGGCCAUGCACACCUUAUGGUUGCGCGAACACAACCGCAUCGCUCGCGCGCUACGCGAGAUGAAUCCACACUGGAAUGGCGAAAAAUUGUAUCAGGAAGCGAGACGUAUCGUCGGCGCAGAGAUGCAACACAUCACUUAUCGACACUGGUUGCCGCGAAUAUUUGGAUCGGCGAUCGAGGACUCUACUACGUUGGGACCGUACCGAGGCUACGAUCCCAACGUAGACGCCAGCAUAUCCAACGUUUUCGCCACCGCCGCUCUACGUUUCGGCCACUCGCUCAUCCAACCGCGUCUGGAGCGGCUGAACGCGUCCUUCCAACCGAUUCCUCAGGGUCCUCUCAAUUUGCGCGAUGCCUUCUUCGCCCCUUGGCGACUAGUGGAGGAAGGUGGCGUCGACCCGCUGAUCCGAGGUAUGUACGCCACGGCGGCGAAACUGAAGCUGCCCGAACAGAAUCUCAAUGUCGAGCUCACCGAACAGCUAUUCCGUACCGCUCACGCGGUUGCGCUCGAUCUAGCGGCGAUGAAUAUCCAACGAGCGAGAGAUCACGGGCUUCCCGGCUAUGUAGAGUGGCGCGAUUACUGCAACAUGUCGCGCGUCGAGACAUUCGAGCAUUUGACUAACGACAUCAGCAGCGCUCGAGUGCGGCAGAAGCUGCGCGAAUUAUACGGUCACCCGGGCAAUAUAGACGUUUGGGUUGGUGGUAUUCUCGAGGAUCAGUUGCCUGGGAUGAAAGUCGGACCGCUGUUCAAAUGCCUCCUACUCGAGCAAUUUCGGCGAACCCGGGACGGCGAUCGGUUCUGGUACGAGAAUCCAAGCGUCUUUCGCGCGGAACAACUCGCCCAGAUUCACCAAGUGUCACUAGCCAGAAUCUUAUGCGACAACGCCGACAACAUCACUCGCGUACAACCCAACGUGUUUCUACUGCCCGAGAGUCGCAAUCACUUUGUCAGUUGUGACGAGAUUCCUUACGUAGACUUGAACGCGUGGUCUGACUGCUGCGAAAAUUGCGAAGAUCGUGAUAAUACUAUCUCCCGCGUGCGUAGAGAGGCUGACAAGUAUUUUCCACCCAGUCGUGACUACGUCAAGGACACCGAUUCGUUGAGUCGCGAAGAGAAAAUCGAAUACUUACAAAGGAUGUUUGAUGAAAGUAAUCGAGAGGCUAAGCGUUUGCAACAACAGUCUGACAAGUUGUCACAAAGAGUGAAAGAACUCGAGUCAUUUUUAAAAGACAUUAAAACACAAUAGAGAAAUUAAAUGUGUACUUGGAUCAUUCUCUCUCUCUCUCUCUCUCUCUCUCUCUCUCUCUCUCUCUCUCUCUCUCUCAUGCAGAUAGUAACGCUCUUGCAUUUCUAAUAUAUGCUAUAUUCUUUAUUCAUUUAUUGUUGUAAAUAAAAGUAUUUGCAGAAACUUAAUUAAUUAUUGGGCGUCAUUUCUUUUAGACUAAUGCAAAUAAUGUUAGCAAGGAGCACAUAUAUAAUGUGAUAUAGACCGAAUCAUGCAUCGUAGCAAAGCUUA